ACAAAAAAUAUAAAUUGCCAAAAUACUAAAAAACGCUUCUUAUUCCGUCGCUAUGUCCACUCCGCCGGAGUCCGUCGCGUUUCCCUCAAUUCCCACCACCACAGCCAUCAUCGAACCGACCAACCGCCGCUCCUACCGAUGCUACAACUGCAACUAUUCUUUUCAUAUUAUACCUAUCCCCGCCACUGUCACCGUUUCCCCCAACUCUUUCCGCUGUCCUCGAUGCCACCACCGCCACCUCAUUCCCCACCACAUCAUUUCACCGCCGAUGCCUCCGCCUUCCGUUCCCCCUCCAUCUCCUCCAACGUUACUGCCUUAUUCCUCCCGAUCAUUCACUUACUACAGCUCCGAUGAAUCUGACUCCGAAUACGAAUCCGACUCCGAUAACUCAUUACUUUCCUUCACUACUCCGAGUAUUCAGCGAGUGACUCCUGCUUUGAAAUCCUUUGUUGAUUCUCUUCCAAUUAAAAAAUUCGACAAAAAUUUAGCUCCACCGCUUCAGUCUUGUUCAAUCUGCAUGGAUAGUUUUGAGAUCGAGAACGAUUCCGAUACAAGUGCAACAGUUACUGAAUUGCCUUGCCAGCAUUAUUUUCACAAGGAUUGUAUUUCCGAGUGGCUCAAUCGGAGCAACACUUGCCCUUUGUGCCGGUACCAAUUGCCUAUGAAGUCCGGCCCGGCACAGAACCAAUCGGUGGAGGAGUAUGAGGCGGUUUUGGCUCCGGAAGAGGAGCCUGUUGUGAGGAGGGUCAUUGAGGAACCGGGUCCAAGUUUAGGGUUGAAUUCGGGUUCUGGUAGUUCAAUUGUGAUGGAAGAGGUUGCAGAUGAUAGCAGGGAAAGGAGUGCGUGGGUGUUUGACGCAAUGCGCGAUGAGGAUGGGGAUAUUCUGAUGGUUGACGCCUGACAACAUCAACGAGAGAACCGCUAAUGUACAGAGUCUGUCUUCAACAAAUCUAGCACAGCACAACUUGUGGACAUGCAGACAAUUGUUCACAGUUCGGCUUUUCUAUAUGGUUUUAUUGAUUUAUUUUAUCAUUUUGCACAAAUUGAGUAGAUGAACAAAGAUAUCCAUGCCCCGAGAGUUUUUCCUGGAAAAGGCGAGGAUUGCUGCAGAAUAGUUCGUUGUUCUAUAUAACCUAAUAAAAACAAAUCACGAUUUUGUAAGAUUUGCUGGAAGGAUGGAGAAAAAGGAGUGACAGAGAAUGAAUAAGCAAAAAAAAAUUAGCAGGUGACGGUCAAGACAGGGUACACAAGAUAGUUAUUAGUCGUAAAGGAAAAUUAUGUAAAUUCCUAUAGAAAAAAAUGGAACGGAUAGAUACAAGCUAGAGAGCAUAUGUGGCUCGGAAAUCCAUACCUGAGAAAAUAAGUAACAGAAAAGGAAAGAAGUCGGUUUGAUGCUACUGAACCUUGUUGCUUGUAAAUAUUAUAUAUUUUGUUCACCUAUCAAAAAAAAAAAAAAUUAUAUAUUUUGUUCGACUUAUAGAUGUAAAUCUUGAUAGUUUCCUUUUGAGUUGUGUAUAUAUAAUGGCAGUGUGCCACCUUCUAUUGUCGUUUA